AUGCUGAUCAAUGAAACCCACUUCAGACCGAUUGACACUCCCAAGAUGGCCAACUACAGAGUUUACCAUAACAUCAGACGAGGCCGCCCAGGUGGUGGAACGGCCAUCUAUGUCAAGCGUAACAUCGACCAUCAGCUGCUCCCAUUGCCGGACCCGUUGCUGCUCGAGACUACUGGCAUCUCAAUAAACCUCGAGGGAGGUGGCUCAAUCCAUCUCUACGCGGUCUACAAUCCACCAGCCAGAGUCCUCCCGGUUGACGACCUUGAGGCGCUACUUCGCACCAACCAACCAGUCAUCAUAGCUGGCGAUCUAAACUCUAAGCACCCGGCAUGGAACAGUCGAGCAACCAAUCGCAACGGAAAACUACUACAUGGCCUCCAAAACACUAACAACAUCCUGGUGGUUGGACCGGACGAGCCUACUCAUUAUGGCACAGUAGGAAGACCAGAUGUUUUGGACGUUGCGAUUAUUAAGAACGUUACACAGUUCUUCACCCUUGAUGUGCUCGACGAAUUAAGUUCGGACCAUAACCCGCUAGCCCUACACUUGGGGGAUGAUCAUGAUGAGGAACCUGCAGUACCCACGCGCAGGAUAAACUGGGCCCAGUUUGGCGAUGUAGUGAACUCAUUCACCGGUCAAGUACCUAGCCUCUCAACAGUAGCCGAGGUCGAUGCUGCCAUAACAUCUUUCCAAUCCAACCUGAAACAGGCAUUGGAUGCUUCAACGCACAACACCCCGCAACGAAGACAAGCCAAUAAUUUGCCGAUUGAACUUCACCAAUCAAUCAGGGAGCGAAGAAGGGCGAAGAAGGAGUACCAGCGGACACUUCUUCCAGGUCACAAACGCAUCCUCAGAAUACUUUCAGCACAGGUGCGAGCUGAGCUGGAUAUUCUCCGGAACGACAGAUGGCAGGAACUCCUUCUGAGCAUAGCAGACGACAACAACACAGUCUGGAGGAUCUCCAAAAAUCUCCGCAAAAAGAAGAUCCAUUACCCGCCCAUCCAUGGGCAGAAUGGCAUGGCGUACUCCGAUCAGGAUAAGGCUGAGGCAUUUGCAGAUAGCUUGGAGUUGCAAUGCAGUCCCAAGUACAUCAACGCUGACAUUGAACACAUCGAGCAAGUUCACCGAACCAACAGACGCUACUUCAACAACACUCCUGAUGAAGACCCCAUUGACCCAGUCACCCCCGGUGAAGUAAGAGCCAUCCUCAAGCGGUCUAAACCGAAGAAGGCACCAGGACAGGACGGCAUCACCAACUGA